AACUGCACGUUAACGUAACUGUUUGCAGCUGCAGCAGGUCGUAGAGAUUAUCUUUUGGCGCCAUCUCUCUCAAGCGUCAAGAUCCUCCCCAGCUUUGCCUGCCUGCAUCAUCCCUCCCAGCCGAUUCGCUCAUCCAUUUUAUCUUCCUGGAGAGCUUUCCAUUCCAGCAAAGAACCUUCUGCUGCUUCCCCAUCCCUCGUCAUCCACCAGCAGACCGCCAACAUGGCCGAAAUAGACCAUCGUAUGGGCAGUGUCAAGCCUAGGCUGACAUACAACACAAUUGGAGGCGUCAAUGGUCCUCUGGUCAUUCUCGACAAUGUCAAAUUCCCUAGAUACAACGAGAUUGUCAGUCUAACACUCCCCGAUGGCUCGUCGAGGUCAGGUCAGGUGUUGGAAGCAAGAGGAAACCGAGCUGUUGUGCAGGUGUUUGAGGGCACGUCGGGCAUCGAUGUGAAGAAGACGAAAGUCGAGUUCACAGGCCACAGUCUGAAGAUUGGCGUGUCCGAGGACAUGCUUGGUCGAGUCUUUGAUGGAUCAGGAAGAGCUAUAGACAAAGGUCCUAAAGUGCUUGCAGAGGACUAUCUCGACAUUAACGGCAGUCCCAUCAACCCCUACUCACGAGUAUACCCCGAAGAGAUGAUCUCGACGGGUAUCUCUGCUAUUGAUACCAUGAACUCAGUUGCUCGAGGACAAAAAAUCCCUAUCUUCUCUGCGGCCGGUCUACCUCACAACGAGAUUGCUGCUCAGAUUUGUCGGCAGGCUGGAUUGGUGCAAAAGCCUACCAAGGGUGUCCACGAUGGUCACGAAGAGAAUUUCAGCAUUGUUUUCGCUGCCAUGGGUGUCAACAUGGAAACGGCUCGAUUCUUCACUCGCGACUUUGAAGAGAACGGCUCCAUGGAGAGAGUUACGCUUUUCUUGAACUUGGCCAACGAUCCUACGAUCGAACGUAUCAUCACACCUCGUCUUGCUCUCACAACCGCAGAAUACUACGCCUACCAGUUGGAGAAGCACGUUCUGGUCAUCCUUACAGACCUAUCGGCAUACUGCGACGCUCUCCGAGAAGUCUCUGCUGCCCGAGAAGAAGUGCCUGGUCGACGUGGUUAUCCUGGUUACAUGUAUACUGAUUUGUCCACCAUCUACGAACGAGCAGGCCGUGUCGAAGGCAGAAAUGGAUCCAUCACGCAGAUCCCUAUUCUAACUAUGCCUAACGAUGAUAUCACUCAUCCGAUUCCUGACUUGACUGGAUAUAUUACGGAAGGUCAGAUCUUCGUUGAUCGACAACUGCACAACAAGGGUGUUUACCCGCCUAUCAACGUCUUGCCAUCUUUGUCACGGUUGAUGAAGUCUGCCAUCGGCGAAGGCUUGACCAGAAAAGACCAUGGUGAUGUGUCGAAUCAGUUGUACGCCAAAUACGCCAUUGGCCGUGACGCUGCGGCCAUGAAAGCUGUCGUCGGUGAGGAAGCUUUGAGUUCAGAAGACAAAUUGUCGCUGGAAUUCUUGGAAAAGUUCGAAAAGCAAUUUAUCUCGCAAAGCCCGUAUGAUAAGAGAUCGAUCUUUGACAGUCUGGAUCUUGGAUGGAACCUACUUCGAAUCUUCCCCAAGGAACUUCUCAACCGAAUCAACCCGAAGAUUCUUGACGAGUUCUAUGCCAGGAAGAGUCACGGCAAGGAAAAGAAGGGUAACAAGGAUACACGGGAUAACCAGGAAGACGGCAAGCAAGUUAACGGUGAAGCGAACCUGUUGGAUGAUUAGACUGUUAUUUUCGGCUGGCGAUAAAGAUGUACAAAUGAGACAGUCAGUGGUUGUUGCAUGGAUUCUGCGUUGUCGAAUGUCGUUGUCCCAGUGCAUGGAGCCUGGUGGGGGGAGUACCACUCUUGCUUGCAGAGACAACGGAAGCGUUUAUACAGCAAUAAUGCCCAUUGGAAGACCGAUCGUGCAGGCCCAGCUCUCUCAUACAGGCGCAUGGGACAAGGAACAAGACGUAGACGUCCCUAUCCCUGUAGCAUGUGUCAAUCAGUACCGUGACAUCUAGCAAAUCAGCAUCGUCUAUCGACCCCGAGAAAUCGAGGACCUUAAGAACACUAUAUCGCA